UAAUCCUGGCUUCAUGAUCCUUGUGUGCUUCGGACUAGGGGGUGCAUGGGUGAAACAUGGCCGCCGCAGACCCGAAGUCUCCGAAUCGACAGAAAACCCCCACAGAGGAGGUGGACACAUCUGGGGAACAGGCCGCGGCGGCGAAGUCGGGAUGCAGCCCGAACCAGACGGAUGAGGCGGCGGGCGAGAAAAACGGGGUCUGCCCCAACGGUGAGCUCGGAGCCGAGGAUGUUGGCAGCAACGGCGGCGGCUCUGUUGCCAGCCAUUCUGGGGAGGUUGGUCUCGAGUCCGUUGCUGGAGCAGCAGACAAAACGACAUGCGUCUCACCGGAGGACCGUGCAGCGACCGGAAAAAUGGCCGAGGCCCUCGACAGCCAGCAGCAGGCUUUCGACUGGUCAGACACUGAAGACGACGAGGAAGGGGCGAAAACCCAGACGAAGGAAAAUGAUAAAAGUGACCUCAAAGUUGCUGAGACUGUUAACAACGCGAGGCAGGACGCUCCUGCUGAAGCAGAAUCAGAAAAGACUGACGAUGGGGAGAGUUCACCAGACAAGUUGCCAGUUGAGGACCUGCGGGGUGAAGUCGAUGCCACGGAGGACAGGGCAGAUGAUGACGAAGAGGCAGAUUCUUCAGCUAAACAAAGAAAGUGCCGCUGGGAGUGUAAGGAGUGUGGCCAGAAGUUUAGCCAGCGCGAGAUGUUCAACCUUCACCGGCACUUUCAUGCGCACGAGGACGAGCUCCUGCCCCCGACCUGCAAAGAAUGUGGCCUUACCUUCCAGCACCGCAGCAGCCUCAUCAAACACAGGAACCAACACAAAGAAAAAGAGGAGACCCUCGAGACUACAAAGUUGGAGGACGAAACGCGGGCUCAGUUUAGGUAUCAGUGCGCAGAAUGCAAGAGGAUCUUUUCUCAAGUGAGCAAACUAAGGGACCACGACUGCAACAAUGCAGCAGAAAAGCCUUACCAUUGCACUCUAUGCCGCCAAGAUUUCCAGUUCAAAGUAUCUGUUACCAAGCACAUGAUGAUGCAUUCCCGCGAGUGCACCUUUAAAUGCCAAGAGUGCAGCCAGACUUUCCCAAACAUCAUGUCCCUGCGCUUCCACCAGAAAUCCCACGCUGCUCUUAAACCAUACGAGUGUCCAGAGUGCGGCAUGGCUUUCAAACACUACUCCGUCAUGGAAGACCACCGCCGCAAGCAUGUCGACAACAGCCGCUCUCACCUCUGCAACAUCUGCGGCAAGACUUUCAAGUACAGCAGCCUCCUCCAUCAACACCAGUACCUACACACUGGCCAGAAGCCUUUCCACUGCCCGGAAUGUGGCAAAAAAUUUGCUUUCGCCCAGAACAUGAAGGCGCACUGCCGCCAGCACAGGCUACGAGAGACAAACUCAUCUGGUGAGCCGCCUGGAAAGCAGCCUCUCACUUCUGGACAUGAGGCAGCUAAAGGUCCCGAGAAGGAGAACACCCAUACGACUGAGGAUACAAAACGCACCUUCGGCUGCCCUCUCUGUCCCCAGACCUUCUAUGUUGCAGCUAACCUGAGAGCGCACAUGCAGUUCCACGAGGACGAGUAUGAAAAGCAAGAGAGGCUACUUCAAUAUCAAGUGGUGCCCAACAAGCACUGGGAGAAGGGACACACCUGCCCACACUGCCCCAGUGUUUUUCGGGACGAGCCUGGUUUAAAAGGACAUCUGUUAAGUGUCCACAAGCCAACUGCACAGUAUUUAGAAACCUUAUCCGCACCAAAAAAGCAGCUUACUCAAAUAAGCAGCGAUAACACGCAAGGGAAGGCAUUAAAUAUUAAAUCCUACAAGUGUUCAGAGUGCGGGAAAUCAUUCCGGCACCGCUCGGUGUUGGAGCUGCACAUGAGAAUACAUUCCAAGGACAAGCCAUACCAGUGCAAAGUAUGUGGCAAGGGUUUUAGAUUCAGCAGCUACCUGCAGCAACAUCUCAUCAUACACACGGGCAAGAAGCCGUACAAAUGUCCAGAUUGUGGGAAGGACUUUGCCUUCCUUCAGAACAUGAGGACUCACCAGAAGCUGCACCAGCAGAAGCCGUUCCGCUGCACCAGUUGCCGUAAAGGGUACAGCAGCGAGACCCAGCUACAGCAACACAUGCUGUCGCAUAACGGCGAUAAGCCGCACAAGUGCGAGCUGUGUGACAAGAGCUUUGGCUUGGCAUACUUGCUCCGCGACCACAUGAAUACGCACACGGGGGAGAGGCCUCACCGCUGCGAGGAGUGUCACAAAUCUUUUUCCUGGUUCAGCAGCCUGCUGGUUCACCAGAAGAUCCACGCUCGCAAGAAACAGGGUCUAAGUCACUACAACUCCUACCCUUCUGGUAUCAGGAUGAGAGGCAGGGGCAAAAGAGGAGGGAGGCCAGCGUGGGGGUGGUCGAGACCAUCCGGGGUCUCAGAGAUGGUCGCUCCUCAACAAAACCUUUACCCAGUUUCACCUCACAGGGACGCUGACUUGCACAGGCAAGUGCGUCAGCAGCCCUUGCGUCCACACAUGGAUUUACAAACGAGGCAUCUGACCGAGGCGUGGCCGUCUGAGCCGCACUCCCAAACUCUCCAGUGGAGCAUGGACAGUAGAGAAGCGCCUGCACCCUCACAGCACCAUUCUCAACCUCUACAAUAUGACACUCCAACGCAGCCACAUCAUCAGAGGAGUCCAGGAUGGGCAGAUAUGCCCUUAAUGGGUCUUGGAUCGGCUCAGAACUUGGACUCCCAUAUGAAGGACAGUACUUCUUCUGUCCUGGGCUCUCAUAUACCAAAAAAAACCAGCCCAUCGGCGGUUAGUGAGAUGACGCAACAGAGGCAGCAUAAACUGUCGUCAUGGAAUAGCACACCAACAUCCACAGCCAUGGCCUCCACAAGCUCUUUGCAGCACGAUUUCUCCAUUCCCCCCUCCUACAUGGACGGAGCAGCACUGUGGAGUGUCCGGCCCACUCCACUGACAAAUUCUCAGAGUUCCCCAAACAAGCUCAGCCAAGACCUGCAACUGCCAAGGUGGCCGGGCGGUGCCGAGCCGUCCACGCCUCCCAAGAAGGAGGAAAGGCUGUGGGACAUCAGCAGUCCUCCAGUUAUGUCUUCGACUGUUACUCAGCCAGAAAAGACAUGGAAUGGCUGCGAGCCGCAGAAGCCGUGGGCAUCUGGCCUCACAGUUGCCCCCGCCUCAGCUCAGAUAGACCAAAGCAGCUCCAUGCCAAUUUCAGUUCCCACUUCUUCUCACGGGGUUGCCAACAACUUGUGGGACAUUCAAAUACCUCCAGGGGCUGCGAAGACUGUGAACUCUGUGGAAAAAUUAGUAAAUAACCAAGAAUUUCAGAAACAGGUGUCGCCCAGCUGGAGCAGUGUGCAGACCUCCACUCAGAAGGUCCCCAUCUCCAUCCAGUACGAGCCUCACCGUUUCAGUCAAGGGAUCGGGACUCCGGUGUGGGCCUUCCAGAACAACUCCGUUGGACCUCAGACUCUGCUUCCCGGCCAGCUCAAACCAGGGGGCGGUCAGGAGCUGCAGCAGCAACCAAUGGCAACGGCCGCUCAGAUAAUCAUAAACCAACCUUCUCCUUUUUUCUCCCCUCCGCUCGCCCCUCUACCUCCUCUGGCUUUGCCAGGCCCUCACCCCCUGCACUCUGUUGCGGUCGGUGCCAUGCCCAGACCUCCACACCCGAAUAUCUUUUUCACACCACAGCCAGUCAUGACUGAGAGACCACAUAUGCCGCAGACCCUGCCCCUACCUCAGCUCCCGCCGCAGACCGAACCUCACAAACUCGGAUCCCGUCUGCCUUUUCCACCGGAGCGGCUUCUCCAGUGCAUGAUCUGCGGGCUCUCACUUCCCCGCGAGCUGGAUCUACAGAUGCAUUACCUGCAACAUGCACAGGGGGAGAUACGAAAGGUAGCUAACGUUAGCAAACAGACACAAGGCAAGAUGGACGAGACUUCUGCUGCAGCAGAGAUCGGAGAGGAGAGAGCUGAAAACGUGGCCUGUAAUGUCGACGAAGACGAUGAAAACAACGAGCAUUCAUCUGCUAAGGAUGCCGCUGACGGGGACGAACUUUUCUGCUGUCGGGAUUGCGGAGAAGCUUUCGGCGAGGAGGCUGCGUACUUGGAGCAUCGCCUUCAGCAUCCUCCACAAAACACGCAUUUAGACAGCCAGUCUGAUGGUUUACUUGACUCUGAAAAGGACAACGAAGCACUUUAUUUUUGCUCUUAUUGUACACUGUCAUUUGUUGAGAUGAGCGAACUGCACUUACACAUGAAGGACCACGAUCAAAUCUCUCUGAAGGGGUCUGAUGUUGAUCCCGGAGCAGCAAAGCAGCACGCCUACGAAUGCUCAGAUUGUGGCAAAUCGUACACAGUGAUUGGACAUUUCCUCAACCACCAGCGCUCACACAGACAGCCCUCCAAAUCGGUUUUUCACGACUUGGAACAUUUAAAAAAGAAAUCGUUUCAGUGCGAGUCCUGCGGAAGGAAUUACUCUCGUGCUUCGGCUCUCGAUGCUCAUCGCCGUUGCCAUCAAGAGAAGCUGGUGAAGUCGAAAAACAGGAGCUCUGGAGAAACUGUUCAGCCGGCAGAGCCGCCAGCAGAAGUAAAGCCAUGUGAGAAUCCGACUGAAGAAGACUGUGACAAACUUUUUAAAUGUUUGUGCGGCAAAGCUUUUUCUAGCAUGAUGCGGCUGAAAACACACCAGCGAUUCAGCCGUAACGCGCUCUGCUCUCCGGAGGAGAUGAAGCAAAAACCAAAGAAGGGCUGUGGUGAGUUUUACUGCAGCGAGUGCAACAAGGCGUUCAAUGGCCACAUCGCCCUCUUUAACCACCAGCGCUGGCACGCUAAUCACUCUGGUAACGCCGCAAAAAGGUUCCCGUGCGAGGAAUGUGGAAAAGAGUUCAUGACGCUGACGUUCUACUACAGACAUCAGCGCACAGCACACAGCGACGAGACCCCGUCGAAAUCGUUCCAACAUCAAGUCUGCCAGCUUCAAAAGAAGGCGUUUGAAUGUAAAGAUUGUGGGCUGAAAUUUUCCAGGGCUUCUGCGCUUCAGUCCCAUCAGCUCCAGCACACCGACGUUUUCAGAGAAACGGAGAAGGCGCAUUCAGAAUCCACUCUGCCGUCUCAGCGUGGAUCAGAAAGUGAACAGAAGGUCAGCGAGCUUGUGGAGGCUUCAGUGGAAGGAGCAGUGAAAGCAGAAACCAUUCCCCCCACCGAUGUGGGUGGAGAACAACAGACAAACGAAAUGGAUGAAGAGAUGGAGAGCUAUGAACCGGGUGACUUUAACGUACAAGUGAUCAGUGCAAGUGAAUCCGAAGACGAGGGUCUCCAAGAGACAAAUCCCGAUCUGGAACUGCUUUGCGAGUCGGAUCAGGAUACAAGGGAGGACAGCGAAGUAUACACUGGAAGUCUGGUUUCAAAACCGGAUGUGGACUUGAAAAUAGUCCAGAUUGACUUUGCGCAAAGCUUGCAGAGUCCGCCAAUAGAGAAUGAAGCCCAGCUUAAAACUGCAGAGGAGAGAUUUGGUUGCCCUGAGUGUUAUCGAUGGUUUAAUAAUCCCUCGUCGCUGCGCGUCCACAGAAUGUGGCACAACGUUCGUAGGAGAAGACAUCAGACUCAAGCCACAGAGAAUGACAUAACAUGUGAGGACUGUGGCCUGACGUUUACUGUCAUGGACGCCUAUGAGACUCACCUGCACCAGCAUGCACUGGACGAGGAGGAAGCCCAGCUGAGAGACAACGAGGCUCCCACAGAACAAGAUGAAGAAAACGAGUGCGAAGACCAGAGCGUCGGUGUGGAUGGUUGUGACGCAAACGGUUCGGCACAAACCCAACCUCCUCAGUUGACGCAAAGCAGUCGCUAUCCUGUGAAUCCCACCAGAUACACAUGUGCAGCUUGUGGGAAGAGUUACACCUACCUAGUUUCAUUUCAGAAACACCAAAAAAUGCAUGAAAAACCACGUGAAAAAGAAAAAAUCCAGAGCCCGGUUGAUCCAAACCUGCGUCUGUACGAGUGUCCAGACUGCGGGAUGUCGUUCAUCAGGCGAACUCGACUGGUCAGCCAUCUGAGAGUUCACAGGUCCAAAAGCCGCAGUAAUCUGCUCAAAUGUGAUCAGUGCAACAAAGUCUUCAUUUCUGUAAAGACGUGGACGGCUCACCUAGAGCUGCACAAAGAGAGGCGGUUCUGGUGUUUGAGCUGCGCUCAGGGCUUCCUGAAUGAAGGGUUGCUGGACAAACACUUGCAGAAUCAUAGUCGACGACCGCAGACCCACAAAGCUGACGACAGAAGCAUCCACGACACCAAACCACCAGCGAGUCCUCCAAAAAUGCAACGCAAGCAAAAGCCUCAUGUUUGCCUUCACUGUGGCAAGAGGUUCUGGCGUUCUAGACAACUGUUUAGACACACACAAAAGCAUGUUAGACGUGAAGGCAGGGUCGCCACCGAACCUCCAGGGAGCUCUGUGAUUUAUCGAGAGACGGGAGACAUUAAAACGGAAACGUCUAUAAGCGAAGGAGAAAAGCUGGAGGUGGAUGUGAGCAUGGAAGAGUUGCAGGUGAAGGAGGAAGACAUGCAAGAUGAGGGGCAGAGUCCAUACGCGGUGGCUGAGGACGGGGAUCCGGAUGACUCUGAGGAUUCAGACUGUGGAGAGCCUGGUCAUCACUAUGAGCUUUCAGAACCUCGCCACUCGGACGACCAGCCGGACCAGCCGGACCAGCCGAGCUCAGAAGCUGCACAGUCACCAACUGGAGGGAAGACGGAGAAAUCGGAGCCAAAACUGCACAGAGAGCAUAAGUAUUGUGAAUGGGAGUGCAUUGAAUGCGACAUGGGCUUUGAUGAAAUGGCAAAGCUGCACUCGCAUUACGUAAAACACGCAACAGGGGAGUUACCCAUACCAAAGGAAGAAAUUGAGGUUUAAAACUUUUUAAAAGUUUUUUUUUCUUCUUUGUAUUACUAUAGGAUUUUGGCUUCUUAAUAAAAUGUUGUUUUUUUUAACCAUGUAAGAAAUGCUUCUGAGUGUUUGAAAUUUAAAUGUUUGUAAGAUGACAUACUGAAAUAAUGGGGAAAAGGUGGAAGCUGGAAGCAAAAAAAUAAUACAUGCUUGUACUUUGUAAAACCAAAAUAAAAAUAAGUCCAUCCAAACUGA